AUGGCUGAGCUGCACCGCACGGAGUCCACGCUGAUGGCGCUAGAUGAGGAGAAGCUGUGGGAGCUGCUGGACAGUCACCGCUGCAGGAUCGUGGGCAGUGUGUGCCCCAGCCGCCUCACGCCCUACCUACGCCAGGCCCGGGUGCUGGGCCAGCUGGACGAGGAGGAGGUGCUGCACUGCCCGCGGUUCACCAACACCGCCAUGCGAACCGGGCACCUGCUGGACCUGCUGAAGGCCCGCGGGAAGGACGGGGCAGUCGCCUUCCUGGAGAGCCUCAAGCUCCACAAUCCCGACGUGUACACGCUGGUCACAGGGCUGCAGGCCUCCGUGGACAUCAGCACCUUUGGCGGGCUCAUUGAGACGUCCAAGCUGACCGAGUGCCUGGCCGGGGCCAUCGGCAGCCUGCAGGAGGAGCUGGGCCAGGAGCAGCGGCAGAAGGCAGUGCUCCGUGAACAGUGUCGGCAGCUGCAGGAGCGCCUGGGCCUGGCCGAGGCCCGCGUGACUAGCCUGAGUGCCCUGGAGGCUGACCACAGCCGCAUGAAGCGCGAGGUCAGCACUCACUUCCAUGAGGUGUUGAAGCUCAAGGACGAGCUGCUCAGCCUCUCCCUGCGCUACAGCAAUGCCCUGCAGGAGAAGGAGCUGGCCACCACACGCUGCCGUGGUCUGCAGGAGGAGCUAUACCUGGUGAAGCAGGAGCUGCAGCGCGCGCGGGCCACCUCCUCCUGCGAGCUGGAAUUUCGAGCACGGUCCCUGGAGAUGGCCAGCAGCCUGGGGUCAGAAGAGGAGGAGCUGGUCCGUCUGAAGGAGGAAAAUGAGAGGCUCCGGUCACUGACAUUCAGUGUGGUGGAGAAGGACAUCCUGGAGCAGAGCCUGGAUGAGGCCCGGGAGAGCAAGCAGGAGCUGGUUGACAGAAUCCACUCGCUGAGGGCUCGGGCCGCCGCUGCGGAGAGACAACGCAAGCAGUACUGGGAGGAGAAGGAGAAGACGCUACUCCAGUUCCAGAAAACCAAGGUGGACUGUGAGAUGUACAAAGAGAAGAUGAGCGCCCUGCAGAGCCAGGUGGUGGAGCUGCGCAGCGAGCGUGAUCAGGCGUACGCCGCGAGGGACGGGGCGCAGGAAGAAAUCUCGCAGCGGCUGGUGGAGAAGGACUCGCUGCGCAGAAAACUCUACGAGCUGACGGAAGAGGUCUGCGAGCUGCGCAAACAGCUGCGCAAACUGCGGGACGCGGACUCCUCAAGCACAAGCGGGGCUGAGCUGGAUGCCGGGCCCCAGGAGCUAGGGGCGAGGGGCAAGCAGCGGCUGGUGCGGAUGUAUGCCAUCUGGCCAAAGGAGGACGGUGACUACAGUGACACCCUCAGCUGCCCCCAGUUCAGGUCCGACCUGAAUGCUAUGUCCAGCUUCCGCUCCAGCAGCCCUGUGCCGCCCAGCCAGCAGUCUCUGUACAAGCGGACUACAGAAGACCUCCUGGACGAGCCCUGUUCUUUAAGCCUUCCAGAAACCCUGGAUGCAGAGCUGAGAGCCUCCCCUGUGGACGAGGUGGGAGAAGUGGAUCUGGACUAUGAGAUCGUAGACAAGGCUGGCCUUCCCGAGGCUGACGGCAGCCUGCAGCCCUGCUCUGGCCUCUACAUCUCUGACAGCAGCGCGCCUGUGCGGCGGCGGCCAGCUUUAAGGCUCCUCAGCCAGGUCACGUCGCUGACCUUCCAGGGCCGCUCACUCCUGGAGCAGCUCAGCGUCAUCGGGGGGAACCACACGGGCAUCUUCAUCCACCGGGUGACCCCCGGCUCAGCGGCUGACGAGAUGGCUCUGCGCCCCGGCACCCAGAUCCUCAUGAUUGAGUACGAGGGGACGGAGCCACUGCUCAAGGCUGUGCUGGAGGACACGACCCUGGAGCAGGCCGUCGGGCUCCUGGAGCGGGUGGACGGCUUCUGCCGCCUGUCAGUGAAGGUCAACAUGGAGGGGUACAAGAAGCUGGUUCAAGACCUGGAGGCCAAGGCGGCCACCUCGGGGGACUCCUUCUACAUCCGGGUCAACCUGGCCAUGGAGGGCCGAGGGGCAGGGGAGCUGCAGGUGCACUGCAAUGAGGUCCUGCAUGUGACCGACACGCUGUUCCAAGGCCAGAGGCGCUGGCACGCCCACCGCGUCAACCCCUACACCAUGAGGGACACCGACCAUGGAGCCAUCCCCAACUACGCACAGGCCCAGCAGCUGCUCAUUGCCACCAUCCAGGACAUGGCCCAGCAGAGCUCAGUCACCCGCAAGUCCUCCGGGGGCCCCCAGAAGCUGGUCCGGAUUGUCAGCCUGGACAAGGCCAAGGCCAGCCCUCUGUGCUCAUACUCAGAUGGGGGCCAAUCAGACCCCAGCAAGCUGGAAGACUGCCCUGCUGUGUGUUUCUGGGCAGAGAGCUGCUUCACCCUGGUGCCCUACACCCUGGUGCACCCCCACAGGCCCUCACAGCCCCGGCCUGUGCUCUUUGUGCCCAGGGUGGUCGGCAAGGUCCUGAUGGAGAAGCUGUGUCUCCUCAGAGGAUUUGAGAAAUGUCCAGCAGAGUACUUGAGCCACGAGGAGUACGAUGCCCGCAGCCAGCGAGGGGACAUUGUCCAGGGGCCAGGGGUGUCCGGGAGCCGCUGCUGGGUGACCCGCCAGGCUGUGGAGGCACUCAUGGAGAAGAACAUCCAUGGCCUCCUGGACGUGGGACUGGCCGCUGUCCGCACCCUGCACAGCCAGGACAUCUUCCCCAUCAUCCUCCACGUCCCCACCAACGAGAAGACCGCCAAGAGGCUCAAGAAGGCCCUACAGAAGCUCGGUGUCUCCGAGGAACAGCUGCUGGAGGCGGCCCGCCGUGAGGAGGCGGACCUGGACACGGUGCCCAGUCUCUACAGCAGCCUGGCCCCUGACGGCUGGAGUGACCUGGAUGCCCUGCUUGGGUGUGUCCAUGCGGCCAUCACGGAUGCACAGAAGAAGAUUGUGUGGACGGAGCAGAAGCCCCGGUGA